UGAACCAAAUAUCAAAUCAAACCUAAUCAAACUGCGGAAUACAUAAGACCAUACCUACUUAUUUAUAUUUACACUUUCAAUCGUAGCAGUGGAUUUUUGCCUAUCCUUCCCAUAUCUUGUUAAUUCGACCAUUGAUUUCCAUUACAUACUAUCCCGUUAAAAAUUGUUUCUAAACUUAUAAUAAAACCGGUUGCAUCAUGUUUUCUCGAUUGUGCGUCGCUCGGUCAGCUUUAAAUGUUACACAAACACUCAAAACUCCAGUACCUCAAAGAUUUGUGCCCAAGAAUUAUAUUGUGAGGAAUUAUGCACGUGAACCACGCUCCAGAGUUGCUACGCAAUCACAGCCCACUGUCUGGCAAAAAUUAAUGGCCCCAGCAGGUCCUAAUGCCUUCAGCUUGGGAAAAGGAGCAUUGGCAGGUGCAUCAGCUGUUGGACUUGUGGCUCUAUGCUAUUAUGGUUCUGGAGUCAAACCUGGGACAUUGCAAGAAGCACAUUUGUGGCCACAAUAUGUUAAGGAUCGCAUCAAGGCCACCUAUGGAUACAUAGCUGGAUCCCUUGUCCUGACAGCUGGGAGUGCAAUCACUGUUUUCAGAACACCUGCUUUGCUUAAUUUAGUUGCUCGUAAUGGAUGGGUGUCAAUCAUUGUGACAAUGGGGCUGAUGAUUGGUUCAGGCAUGGUAGUCCGGGGUAUGGAAUACAAACCAGGUUUUGGACCUAAACAGCUAGCAUGGAUGGUGCAUACUGGUAUUAUGGGUGCUGUUAUUGCUCCCAUGUGCUUCCUUGGUGGACCUAUUCUCAUGCGUGCUGCUUGGUAUACGGCUGGUGUAGUUGGAGGUCUUAGUACAAUUGCUGUGUGUGCUCCAUCUGGGGAGUUCCUCAACAUGCGUGCUCCGCUGGCAAUGGGCUUGGGCGCCGUUUUCGCCGCUUCACUUGCUGGCAUGUUUUUACCACCCACAUCUGCACUUGGCGCAGGAUUAUACUCACUGAGCUUGUAUGGUGGCUUAAUUGUGUUUGGUGGUUUCCUGCUGUAUGAUACACAGGCAAUUAUUAAACGAGCAGAGAUGCAUCCAAUGUAUGGAUUCCAGCCUUAUGACCCAAUUAAUUCGGCUAUUUCGGUUUACUUGGAUGUACUCAACAUUUUCAUGCGGAUUGCUAUGAUACUCGCAGGCGGCGGCGGCAACAAGCGGAAAUAGACAUAGAUAGCCAUUAUUUUACAAUAAUUUAUUUUAAUUAGUCAAAAAAUAUUACAGUUAAUAGCUUAGAAAAUUAGUUGUGCUUUCGAGGGCUGAAAUCUAAAGCUAAUGUGAUAUUGUAAAUGUAAGGAAAUAAGAUAUUGUUAAGGAUGCGUUAUUAGUUUAUUCCAAUGUUUCGAAAAUAAAUUGACAAGUAUUCAUUCAA